CAGAACCAGCUAACUUUGCCUCGUCUUCUCGAGCGGUGCCGGCGGCGAUGGCGAGGGUGCACCCUAAAGGCGUCGAUCUGGGUGAGCCUGGUGCGGUAUCCUGCAUCGAGAUCGCGGAACCGGCGCCGGGGGAGGCCGGGGCGGCAGCCUCUGUGCUGCUGACCGUGUGGCGGCGGUCGCUCCUCUUCAACGGGAAUGGGUUCGCGGUGUUUGAUGCCAAGGGGAACUUGGCGUUCAGAGUCGAUAACUACGCUUCCGGGAGCAAGAAGGAGGUGGUGCUGAUGGACGGCGCCGGCAAGCCGCUGCUCACGAUCCGAAGAAAGAAUCUAAGCCUAGGAGAGCAGUGGAUGAUCUACGAAGGAGAGGACGAUGCCGAUCCUCGGUUCGUGGUGAAGAGGGACGUUAACCCUCUCCAUUCCAGAGCACUGGCUCGGGUCACUCCCUGUGCCUCCGGCGCCAAGUCGCGCCGCGCCUACAAGAUCGAAGGCUCCUACUCGCAGCGCCGCUGCGCCGUCCUCGACGGUGAGCGAAGGCCAAUGGCGGAGAUCAAGAGGAAGGAGCCGGCCAAGGGCGUUUCUUUCGGGCUCGACGUCUUCCACCUGGUCGUGCAGCCAGGAUUUGAUGCCUCAGUGGCGAUGACCAUUGUGAUGCUCCUCGAACAGAUGUUUGGGUCUCGAUCACCGUUGCUGAAAAUUGGCUAGGCGUUUGAUUGAUAUCCAUGUUAAAGCAUGUCGACUCUCGGCGUCCAUGGUAUCAGGAGAUGAAUGAAUGAGGUUGUCGUUCCUGCAACCUAAAGGAGUUGGGGCAGUGUUUUCUUUCGCCAUUUGUAUCGGUUGUGCUUGUUCAUAUAUUAGAAAGAUGAAACAUCAAAUUUUGUGCGUGA